AUGCCGGGAUUAUUCUCAUCUUGGAAGCCACGUUUUCGAACACGUAAAACAUCAGAUUCGGAACGUUCAUCAGUUUCUUCAUCAGUACCACCAUUUUUACAUUCUUCUUUCUCGCCUACUCCGUCUAAUUCACCAAUGUCUAAACAUUUGAAUAAACGUAUGGUGCAUUUUCAUGAAAAUGGACUGAUAAGCAAUCGGGAUGGAAUAGUGGAUUGGAAACAAAUUGAUGAUAAAAAGGCACCAUUGGCAAGCAGUGAAUUAGAUGAAAUGAAAGAUGAAGCACAAAAAAGUGAUAAACAAUUCUUGGAGUUAUCAGUAUCACAGCAGCAAUUCGAACAACAACAACAACAGCAACAACAACAACAACAACAACAACAACAACAACAACAGCUGCAAAUGAAUGACAAUUUGAAUGAAAUAAAAAGUGUCGAUGAGAUUCAUUUGAAUGAUAGCCAAGCAAUUAAAAACAGAUCAUUUGGUGUGGUAUAUCUUGAAUUAAACGAUGAAGUUAAACGAGCUCUUUUGCCACCAUCGGUGCGUAGCAUUGAUACUGUUCGAGCAUUAUUUCUACGAUCCUUUCCACAGCUAACAUCACAGUACCUUAGUCUACCAUACGUUAAAAUUUACAUUCAAGAAUCCUCGAAAGGACAACUUUUUUACGAGCUUGAUGAUCUCAGAGAUAUCAAAGAUCAAGCAGUACUAAAAUUACGUGAACAAUCAAAUGGAUAUCAAACGACACAGUCGAAUCGUUUUAUCAGUAAUCAUUCAUCGCUUGACUAUUUAAGUGAAUCGGAAAUUGAUCUGAUGGAUUAUCGGAAUCGUGUACCGGCACAUCGUUAUCGACCAGCAAGUGCUUUAGAUAGUCGAAUGCUCUCUGCUGCGGGUACUAUUAAAUCAACCAGAUCUCCCAUAUCAUCACGUUUUGAUGCAUACUGUGAUCCUUAUGCUAGUGAUACAAGUAGUCAGGAACGUUCUGGAUCAAUUACGCCAAUAAUUGAUAAGGAAGCAAGAUUCCGCAUGGAAACGAUGGAACGUCAAUUAGCAGGUUUAUCCUCUCUGGUGCAUUCCGCACUGAUAAGCAAAGGAAUGAGCGAAACGAGCCAAAGAGAUAUGGAAGAAUUACGAAAACAAAUUUUAGCACUUCAUCCAGACGUAGCAUCAAUUGCAUCAGAAAGCAGUAUACCAAGCACUGAUCCGUCAUUGAUAGAUUCUGUAUUUCUAAAUGGUGAAACACAACAACAAAUUUUAAAAUUUAAACGACAUAUAAUUGAAAUGCAAAAUCAAUUAAAACAAAUUCGACGUACAGUACAGAUGAAUACGCAAGCGUCACGUGAUAUUUUAUCAGAUGCAUUUGAUCGAGUUCAUCAGUACAUUGCAGAUUAUUUGGGUGCAACGCCACAUCGCUCAUCAGCGCACGUCAAUGAUACACUUAAAUCGGAACACAUUAAUCAAGUUGCUAAUCUUCAAAAAUCAUUGCAAAUAUUUGAAGAAAAUGUUGAGGAAGUGAGACAUUUGGUAUUAAAUACAAAUCGGAAAUUACGUAUGAGUGAAGUGGAAGCAUUUACUGAAACGCUUACAAGAAUUGGUCGUAAUGCAGCAAAAUUAAAAACACAAUUUCCAACACUACAAUAUGAAUUACAAAAGGAAAUUAAAACAAAUAUGGAACGAAUUGUUUGUGAGGAAAAAUUCAUCAAAGAAGAAACUGCACAAAUUGAUCAGUGCUUACGACGUUGUAAAACAUUAGCCAAUAUGAUGGUAACAAUGAAAAAAUUAGCAAUGGUCCAAGACCCAAGUUUAAAUGUCUCAAAAAUUGAAAAGAAUAACAACAAUCGUACAUUAUUUACGCUUAAAGAAAAUGAUUCAACAAAUAAUUCUACUAAAUUUAUGCAAAAUAAUCAAAUAAAUGGUUGCAAUGAUGCAGUAAAUAUGCAACAACAAAUGGUGAAUGAAAAAAUAAACGAACAAAUAUUACCGCCAUUAAUACCACCACCGCCAAUUUAUUAUGAAGGUACUUCAACAUGUAAUUCAAAAAGAAAUGCAGAUGCGAAUGUUUUGGAUACAAUCUUAGAUGAACUAACAAAUACGGUAAAACGUGAUAUGCGUUCUAAAUCAAAAUCACCCAAUUCAACAAUGUCAGUUUCAAAUGGUCGAAAUGGUCCACCAAAACCGCCCGAGCGUCAUUCGACAAUUGAUGUUCGAAAUCGUUUUACAUCAUCUGAAAUACAUGAAAUGCAACGUCGAGCAAUUGAAAGUGUUUCACCUAUUGCAGGAAAUCAUUCAACAGUAGCAAUGGAAUUAGAUGGGCGACAGGAAAAAUUAGUGCAAAAGCAACGACAAUUGCAUAGUCAAUUUGAACAAUUACAACAAUUAUGUGCGCCAUCUAAUAUUAUUUAA